AUGGCGUCUUCUGGAAGAUGCUCCAUCAUUGCUCCUAUCCAUCUUGCCGACAAACAGCACUGGGUGCUACUGAGAUUCGAUCGGCGUAACGACGUUGUUCACGUUUACGACUCCCUAUCCCCGACCGGUGUUGAUGGCCAAGUUCGAGCCUUCAUCCUUCUCCUCAUCACUACGCUGGCGAUGCACGAUCCCGUCCCCACGAUUCACAACUGCCAUUGUCCCCUGCAGGCCGACGAAGGAGACAGCGGAAUAGCGGUGAUUGUCAAUGCGCUGAAUAUCAUGACUGGAAACGGUCGUCUUGGAGUCGACAGCAACAAGAACUACACCCUUUAG